GAUAGAAAAGGAAGCCAAAGUGUCAACAAGGACACUCACACACAUACGGAGCACAGGACGCAGGACUAUUGAGUUUAUUCCCCGCUGGCGAGCAAUUGAGCAAUUGCGGCAAAAAUGGAUGCGCUACGCUUUCGUGGUACAUCAUUCGCACGUUUCGGUGGCAAUUCGUCAUCAUCAUCCUCCUCCACAUCAUCCAGCACACCAGGACAUCCCCUUCCCCAUCCCCAUGCCCAUCCGCAUCCACAUCCACAUCCACAUCCACAUCCCCAUGCACAAGCACAUGGCAAACCGGAGCCACUAAUUGUUGUUGAGGAAUCAAAUUUACCAGAAGAACUUGAACCAGAUAGCUCAGAGACAACAUUCUCGAAUCGAGCCAGUUUGGAUAUAGAUUCACCAGUGAAUCCCUAUCUACUAUCACCAUGGCGAGAUCCGCGCGAGGCACGCAAACAUUCCCUACCAUCGCAACAGGUCACCGAAGGUAUAACCGCCAGUCAAGUGCGUCGUCUGUCUGAGCGCGGUGGCGAGGGCUCGGGCCCAUCGCCAAAAGAGGCCGCAUUUCUGGCCACAUUGUCACAGGCUCCAGCACCGUCGGGUCGUCGCCAUUCGGUGGUCACCAUAUCGAAGGUUCCGACCACAUUGUUUGGUCGCUCGCGUCGCGAAUCUGUCGCUGCAUAUCCCUCGAAUAAUGGCAGUAGCCGUGUCCUUAACUCUCGACGAGAGAGCAAUACUGGACCCCCAUCGACAGAUCCCAUUGGCAGCAUACACAAUCUGCAGCUGGACAUUAUGGAUGACAUCUAUUUGCAGUCGCGUAAGGCUCGCUUGAAGCUUUGGACAUCCAGCAAUGAGAAGGUUUGCGAGGUGCAAACUGUCGAUGAGGCCGGGGCUGGGGCUCCGGGACGUCGUUACACCAAUAGACGUUACUCCGAGUGCCCACAGCCGGGCGCUACUGCGGCUAAUGCCUACCGGCGGGCCUCCGAGCAUCCGCAAGGAAUGCCACAGGUGACCAGCAGCAUUUCGCCGCAGCCGCCAACAUCGGCACGGGCAUCGACACGUCGCAAAAAAUCGGGCAGCGGUGGCGGUCUAUUGGGCAGCCGGACUGAUUUGGCCGGCAUAUUUAGCUCAUUGACCAGCUCGGCCAUGGAUAUGCAUAGACCGGAGCCAGAGGGUGGCAGUUCCAGUUCAUCGGCAGCCACCACCAGCAGUCCAUUUCUGAGUAAUACGUUUCAGGCUGCUGCCCGUGGGCGUACUACUAGUGCCACGCCCACGCCAAGUGCCGCACCAUCCUCGGGCGCUUUGUUAGAUCCAAAUGCUGGCAGAUCGACACGUUCGAACAGCUUCGAUGUGUCCAUACUGAACAAUGCCAAGCAACUGGUGACCGAGGCUCAGGAUAAUAGCUCAGCGGCAUUAUCGGGAUGGUUUGCCAAGCGUCAUCAACCCAUGGCCAGAAAGAAGAGUGUGCGCAGCAAGAGCACAGCCAUGGCCUUGUCCAAGGAUAUGCUGGAUCGUUUGCAGAAGAAGGACCCUUUGGGCGGUGACUCGGGCAAACCGAAAUUAAAGCCACGCAGCAAACAGAAGAAGAGCUGGGCCGAUACCACCAAGGCGAACAUUGUCGAUGCCACAGUCUUGGGCACCGCCAUUGAGGGAUUUCUGCGUAAGAGCUCAAACGCCAGCAUGGCCGGCGGCCCCUCGACAUCGGCGGCUGCCCGCUCGUCUAGCUCCAGCAAGGGGGCCAUACCCAAAGACGCCUCUGGCGGUGGCGGCGGCAGCAGCAGCAGCAGUCCUGGCGGGGCACGACGUAGUCGUCAAUCGAUGGGGAGUGCAGCCCAGUCUCAGGCUGGUCGGGCCAUGCGCUCCACUCUCAAUUGGUUUGGCAAGGGUGACGAGGACGACUCCAAAGAUACAUGCGAUGCCUCCUUGUGCGCCACCCUCAAGGAUCUGUUUGUCAAAUAGGUCGGGGGCAGGAGGCGCAAGUAGAGUGGGACGUGGCGGCAACAAUAAUACUGAAUACCGAAAUGGCGAGCUACUUGCAUCUCUGUGAACCAAUCCUAAAGGAAGUUAAUUGAAUUUGAAUCGAAAUGAACUUUGAAAGAAGCAUAAAACGAAUAUUUGAUAGCCGACAAAUGCUAAUGAAAAUGGAACAAACCCAAACGUACAACAGCAGUGAACCGUGAACAAUAAGCAUAAAAACAUUACCAUAGACGUAAUCGUAAUCAUAACCGAAGCUGUAACCGUAAACGUUAUCCUGUAACUGUAACCUGUAACCUGUAACCUGUAACCCUUUAAUAUGACCCAUAAUUAAGGUGCAGUCAACGGUAACAGAAGCGAGAAACGCUUUUUUUUUGUGGUGUGGCAAGAUUGCAGGUGAGUUUGUUGCUUCUAUUUUUGUUUUUUGUUGCUCUCGUUUGAGAGAAGACCGAGGAGAAUAUUUAGAUCUAGGCAAGACAUACAGCAUAUAUUUACAUACAUAAAAAGUACAUUUUUACCCAAAAAAAGAAAACAAAA